AUGGAGCGCUUCCACCGUACCUUGAAGGCGGCGCUCAUGUGUCACGGAAACGCAGCCGAAUGGGUUUGUGCCCUCCCCAUCCUGCUGCUCGACAUCCGCACGACUCUGGACUCCGAACUUACUUGUUCUGUAGCCGAGCUUGUCUUCGGUACCACGCUUCGCCUGCCCUCUGAGUUCUUCGUCUCUCGGAUUCAGGACGUUCACGAAGCCCGUUCUUCCUACCUCGCAGGAUUGCAGCAAGCCUUCCAGCACCCUUGCCCUCCGCCGUGCUGCGGCCGACACAGCCAUCGCCCUUACGUCAGCUCACACCUCACCAUAUCUUCCCAUGUGUUGCUGCGUACUGACGCUGUCCGCAAGUCCCUUCCACCGCCAUAUUCUGGCCCUCACCCGGUUCUCUCUCUCUAUCUCGCACACCGCAGACCUCUGUCGUCAAGGUUAACGGAAGAGAGGAGAUCGUCUCCAACGACAGACUGA